CAAAACCGCAACCAGCUUAGCUUUUACAUUUAACUUCGUGCGGCCUGCAAGUUGAGUACACAAGCAAGCUCGAAGCUAGAAAUAGGGGUUCACCAGCGCUGUGAAGUUAGUGUAGCCAAAUUUUUCUAACUUCUUCGCAUCUCUCCUGAAAAUGUCCACCGCAAUGGUAUCAGCCUUUUACGAUGUUGGAGAUAUGUUGUUUAGUCAUAAGAAUGUUUCUUCACUGAUACAUGCCAAAACGCAGCUGAGAGGGGAUACUCGAGCCGUAGGAACUCCUAUAAAUGGAUCAAAUGGAGCACAUCUUCUUCGAAGGCAUUCCACGAGUACAACUGGGUCUACAAGCCCAAUCAGCACCAACCACCUGAACGGGAAUUCACUGUUCACGCAACAGAUGCAGAUGGAAGCUGUGUACAACAAGGAAAAUCUCAACAACAAGCCUAGGGACCGGGCUCUGAGUGAGAGCGAUCGCAAUAAUCAAACCCGCAAUCAGAACUCGAGUCGGUACAAAACGGAGUUAUGCAGGCCUUAUGAGGAGAAUGGCACGUGUAAAUACGGAGAUAAAUGCCAAUUCGCUCAUGGCAUCCACGAACUACGAGUCUUGUCCCGCCAUCCCAAGUACAAGACAGAGUUAUGUCGCACCUUCCAUACUGUUGGAUUCUGCCCGUAUGGACCUCGGUGUCAUUUCAUCCACAACCCUGAUGAGAGGAAACUAUCAUCGCCUGGUCCUUGCAGCAAAUCUCCCCGUGAUCGCACCAUCGAGAGGCCUAGGCUCCUGCACUUCCCCAGCGCACCCCUUGGCUCGACAGGUGGCGACCUGACACCUCCGCCCAUGUCCAUGUGUGAUAGCCCUCUUCCACUCACCCCACCACCAGCAAUAGAUCUUCUUAGUCAGGAUGAGUUACUUGCCACGCUUACCAACAACGCCAUGACUUUGAGUCAGAUGCAUCAUGACGUACAUGGAGGACCACCUUUUUCUCCGUCAGCAUUAUCUCCUACCACCCUUCAACAUGCCUUCUCUGCUGCCCCAUCCUCCCCAUUCAUCCCCCUUCAGCAGAUCAACGACGAUCUCGAGCAAUUUGCAGCACUUCGUCUGGCCAGUAGACAAGGAAAUAAUAGCGUGUUCUUCCCGCUGGACGAGCCUGUAGUCACCAACAACUACCGACCCCCAUCACCACCUGAAUCCUUGUCUGAUCCUGAAUCUCUAGCGGACACUACCAUGACCUCUACAUCUCCCACGGCCAGCCCGGUGGGGGCUAGACUUGGACGCUUACCCAUCUUCAGAGGUAUUUCCCAGGAAGACCAACGUUAUUAGAAUUAUAUCCAACCCAGACAAGGAGAUAAACCUUGCUAAAAAAUCACGCAAAUUAAUUCGAAGUCAUUAAUUUAUCAUGGACGUCUUUAUAACUUUGUUUUUGUUCCUGUGUGGACUUACAAACAUUUUGUAUGAUCUCCAAAUUAUUUGAUAAAAACUCAUUUUGUGAAGAAAAAUAUGUUCAAAGUAUUUUAUUGAUGUAGACUACAUGUAAAUUCUAGUGGAUGCAUAUAAAGUUUCUAGAAUUAUUUAUAUAUUAAACUAUUUGAUCCAUUUCUUGGCAAUUUUGCUCUUGGAAGGAUCCUGUGCUUAUUUCUUUCUUUUUUUCCCUUUUUUUCUUUUCUGUGCAGUAUUUUAUCUGCCAGGUUAUUAUAGUCUACUCUUUGUGUUCAACAUGGCUUUUACAGUCUGUUACUUUUGUGUGGCAAUUCCUUUAUCAAAAAUCAAUUUAUGUUUGUGUAACUGAAUCAUUUAUUCCAGCCUGUUUUGUGACUACUACAGCAAAUAGUGAACACUACGUGUGUAUUUAAGUUAUCUUGUAAUAUUUAUUUUCAAAUUGAUUAAACGAAAGUGCAGUCUGUUGGGAUGAAUUUAUCAAAGUGUUGAAAAGAAUUCUUAUUUAUCGGGUUAUUUUUUAAAAGAUGAAUUAGUUUAUGUGUUAUAUCAUUCAAGCAUCUAACUUAUCAAUGUGUUCCAUUCUAGGGAUUGGGAUAAAACGAAAUGAAUUAUUUUUCUUUUCUUUUUGUAGCCAUGUUGAUUUGCGUGGAUUAGUACUUAGUGACAGCACUGGUUUAUGCCCUGUUGGAAGUACUGGUCAAAACCAGCAGCUUCAUAUUUCGAUUUGUGUCAUGUUUUCUGUGCCAAUAUACCUAUUUAGCUUUGUACAGCGUGGUUAUCUGUACUAAAGUUAAGCAGGGCUGUAGUUUUACCUUAUAGACCUUAUCUUGUAUUUAGUAAUUUAUUGUCAAACCACCUAACUUAACAAAAAAAAGAAAAGGAACAUAGUGCAAGAGACUUGUUUAAUAACAAUAUGCAGCCCUUUAUCUUAUUUAUUGUCAAGAAGUUUCAUCAAUCUAUCAACGUUAUUUGUUGGUAGUAAUAAUAUAUUUGUGAAUAUAGUACUUGUGCAUAUGUCAUUGAUUUAUUUAACACUGCCUGUUUGGUUUCAUUAUAUUCUCACUAUUCAACCUGGAAUAAUCCCUGCAAAAUGAAGUCGUAGUUACAUGUAUGAUUGAUUUAACUCAUUAUUUAUCACAUUUAUUUUUCUGACUCCCUGUAACUGAAACUGUUAACAAAAUCAUCACCAUUGAAAUCUACUUAAGGUUGUUAUUUUUAAUGCUGAUUAUUGUAUUGCACACUGCUGUUAUGCAUAUGCUAACUUGCCUUAUGAAACUUAGCAAUUUUUUAACCAUAGCCUUACCAUUUAAGCCUCUGCUUAUUUACUGUCUGUGCCUUUCUCUCUUGUUAUCUCCAUACACUCAAAGUGACUUGGGUUUCAGGAAGUCGUGGCAUGAAUCAAUUAUGUCGGCUAGGCUGGUGUUAAUUCGAGACUGUAGACUUCUGAGCCAGGCUCUUGCUUAGAAUUUGUGGUGUAAACUUCAAAACAAAGCUGUCUUGAUUAGACUGAAUGUUUCGAUUUGUAUUCGUCUUGGUGUUCUAUGAUAUAAACAAAUUAUAAAUCUACUCAUGUAAUGUACCUCGCAAAAACAGAGAGGUUUCUUUUCCAAGACAUUUCAAUUAUUGUUCAAUAAUGUUUCAAUUAUCUCUUCUAUCUUGAAUGUUCAAAGGAAAGGCAACAUUUGAAAAAUAUUUUGUCCAUUUCCUUGGUUUGCCUAAAUCUAUGCAAUAUGAGUAAAACCAUGUGAUACUGAUAUAAUUAAUCUUCCAAUAUUAGUAGAUCUAAAGCACAAAUGUCUUCCCUCGAUUUUGAGCUCAUUUCUAAAUUUUUGUUGAAAAUGGUGCUCACAUAGAUGAUGUAGGGAAAAGGAACUAAACACAAAACCAAGUGCCUCUGGGUUCAUUUAGAAUUGACUCAAUGACAGUUAUUAAUUUGCUCUUUCUAAAGUUCAAACUUAUUCUGAACCGUCGUUUAUAUUUAACAUGAGAAAAUCGUGCUCAUCAUCUUGGCUGUGCCAUCUGAUUCUAUUUACUUGUACAGUAUAGAUAUUGUAAUUUAUUGUAAAAUGUGAGGCUCGUCCUCAAAGUUUUGACAACUCAAGAAGGUUGAACAUUUCACAUACAUGUAGCCUCCUUCCAUUGAGGACUAGGAAUGAAUAAGUGCAACUAGAUCUAACUCAGUUUCACACCACAAUAAUUUAUCACAAACAAAUUGUAAUCCAGAUCUGUUAUUAAAAAAGUGCCUUGUUUUCAAUCAUUCGUUGAAAAGAGAUUCCCAUUUCAUAUUGUUCCAUUAGCUUUUUAAGAUCUAAGAUUUAGUCCUGUUACUUCGUCCAAUGCUUAUCACUAUGUGAUCAAUAUUAUGCAUUUGGGAACUGGUUGUUGGAGAAAUGUUUGAGUUUGCAAGAGUUGUUAAUGUAUUAUUUAAUUUUAUUAAUAAAACCGAAGAAAAACCUACAAAAAA